AUGGCUACUGCCAACGUUCUGUACCCGUCGGGACCCGCCUUUGACUUGGACUACUUCUUGAACAAGCACUUUGAGAUUGUCGAGAAGCACUGGAAACCCCUCGGUCUUCAGAGCUGGGAGGUCGUUGUCUUGGAGCCCGGCCAGCAGUAUCAGAUUCAGGCAAUUCUCAAAUGGGACAGCCUGGAGUCUCUCGCCAAGGCAAAGCAGGGCGAGGCCGGUGCCAAGGUAUUGGGCGACAUUCCCAAUUAUACCACAGCCAAGCCGGAUAUUGUGGCCGGCAACAAAAGAGCUGGAAGGAGCAUGCUGUGA